AUGCAAAUUUACAAGAAUGAAAUAGAAUUAUUAAAUGAAUUCAAAAAUAUGUUAAUAGAAAAAAGAUUAAAAAUAAACAAGAUAAAAAUAAUUUCAAAAGCAAAAAAACAAUCAAAAGAGAAAAAUACUAACAAAAGUAAACAAGAAGAAAAUAAUUUCAAAAGUGAAAAAUUAGAGAAAGAAAUUGCUGCUGAGAUUAUAACUUCGAUCGAUUCUCGAUUACAAAUAUUUGAAGAAUAUAAACUUCAAUCUUUCAAGUAUACUCCUGAAUCUCCUAUAUAUAUUCCUCAAUCACCAUCUACUCA